AUGCACAGGGAGAAGAAGAUUUGUUUGCUCUUUUUAUCCUCCCCAAUUUCAUCUAAGCAUCAGCAUGUUUUGUUCAGCCUUACUGGCAGGGGUCUGCGUAUCUCUCGCACUAUUAUCUUUGCCAUUGAGGAGAUAAACAACAACACUGACCUGCUGCCCGGCAUCAAACUUGGAUAUCGUCUCUAUGAUUCCUGCGUCUCAGUGCCAGUUUCAGUGGAUGUGGCAUUCCAGCUAUUGAACGGCGAGGACCCAGUGUUCUACAAAGACGGUAAUUGCUCCCAGUCCCGUGUGGUGGUGGCUUCUGUCGGAGACUCGGGAUCCUCUCCCUCCAUUAUCAUGUCACGCAUCAUGGGAUCUUUCAAAAUUCCUCUGGUCAGCAGCUUUGCCACUUGUGCCUGCCUUUCAGACAAACAACAAUUCCCGACUUUUUUCAGAACAAUUCCCAGUGACCAUUACCAAGCUGACGCGUUGGCCAAACUGGUGAAACACUUUGGUUGGACUUGGAUAGGAGCCGUCCACUCGGACUCAGAAUAUGGUAACAAUGGCAUGACCUCUUUUCUUGGAGCAGCACUGAGAGAGGGGAUCUGUGUGGAGUACAUUGAAUCCUUCUUCAGAACUGAUCCAGCGAGAAAGAUCCAAAGAGUUGCCAAUGUUAUCCGUAGAUCAACAGCAAAGGUUGUUCUGGCAUUUACAGCUGUUGGAGAAAUGAAAAUCUUGCUGGAGGAACUGUCCCGGGAUCCUCCUCCACCUCGUCAGUGGAUCGCGAGCGAAGCCUGGAUAACUGACCCAAACCUGAUGAGCUUCAGUUUCUGUGCGGGUGCUGUCGGUGUGGCCAUUGAGAAAUCUGUCAUCCCAGGACUGAGAGAUUUCCUGCUGGAUCUCUCUCCGUCAAAAGUGGCUGCCUCUCCGGUACUUACUGAAUUCUGGGAGGAUGCGUUCAACUGCAGUCUGACAGAAACUGCUAAUCCAGACAAGAGAAGUUGUGAUGGAACUGAAGAUAUUAAAACCCUUAAGAGCCCGUACACUGAAACAUCUCAGUUAAGAGUUACUAACCUUAUGUACAAGGCUGUUUAUGCUGUAGCACAUGCCAUUCACAAUGCAGUGUGUCGAGAAACAAAUGCAACCAUUCAAUGUGACCAGCACAUCGGACUGGAGCCCAAACAGGUUUUUAAAGAAAUAAAGAAUGUAAACUUCUCAAAGAAUGGCUACCAUGUGUCGUUUGAUGCUAAUGGGGAUCCUGUGGCUUUUUAUGAGCUGGUAAACUGGCAGAAAAGUGAGAGUGGAGUUAUUGAACUGGUAACAGUGGGAUACUAUGACGUAUCACUGCCAAGAGGCCAGGAGUUUCAUAUCAACAGGAACAUAACCUGGGUGGAAGGUGGCACACAAGUUCCAGUGUCGGUUUGCUCAGAGAGUUGUCCUCCAGGAACUCGUAAAGUGUUGCAGAAAGGAAAACCAAUCUGCUGCUAUGACUGUAUACCAUGUCCUGAAGGAGAGAUCAGUAAUAUGACAGAUUCUCCUGAUUGCUUCCCAUGCCCCAAGGAGUUCUGGCCAAAUGCAAAGAGAGAUGCUUGUUUCCACAAACCUGUGGAGUUUCUUUCCUUCGAUGAAGUCCUGUCAAUCAUCUUGGCUGUAUUCUCUGUUAGUGGAGCCUUUCUGGCCAUCAUUACAGCAAUAAUUUUCUACCAUCACAGAACAACUCCAAUUGUCAGAGCCAACAACUCAGAGCUGAGCUUCCUGCUGCUCUUCUCUCUGACUCUGUGUUUCUUAUGUUCAUUAACUUUCAUUGGAGCCCCCUCUGAGUGGUCCUGCAUGCUGCGGCACACAGCGUUUGGCAUCACAUUUGUUCUCUGCAUCUCCUGUGUUCUUGGGAAAACUAUAGUGGUUCUAAUGGCCUUUAAAGCUACACUUCCUGGUAACAACGUCAUGAAAUGGUUUGGUCCUCCACAACAAAGAAUGACUGUAGUGGCUCUCACUUUAAUUCAAGUUAUUAUAUGUAUCAUUUGGUUGGUUGUGAGUCCUCCCUUCCCAGUGAAAAAUCUGACCACCUACAAGGAGAAGAUCAUCCUGGAAUGUGCGUUAGGCUCUGCUGUUGGUUUCUGGGCUGUGCUCGGCUACAUCGGCCUGCUGGCUGUGUUUUGCUUUGUGUUAGCUGUUCUAGCUCGGAAGCUACCUGAUAAUUUUAAUGAAGCCAAGAUGAUAACCUUCAGCAUGUUGAUAUUCUGUGCAGUCUGGAUCACCUUCAUCCCAGCUUAUGUCAGCUCUCCUGGAAAAUUUACUGUGGCUGUGGAGAUAUUUGCUAUUCUGGCCUCCAGUUUUGGACUGAUACUGUGUAUAUUUGCUCCAAAGUGUUUCAUUAUUUUGUUUCAGCCAGAGAAAAACACUAAGAAAUAUUUAAUGAACAAAAGCUAAAACCAAAGACAAGUAUGUAAAAUAAUUUUGGCAUUAUAUCAGCUACAGUGAAUUUUAACCUCUUACAUUUUUUGUCAGAUAUGUCUGUAUACAUUCUAUAAAUAUAUUUCUAGGAACAUUUAUGUUUUUAUUCUUCGUUUAUUUUUGUAUUUGACAUACAUUUAGUCUACAUAUGUUAAAUCAGAGAACAG